UUCACGUAACGGAUUCGCGUAACGGAUUCAAACCCCGACCUCUGGAGUAACGGACCUCAUUCCAGCCGCAUCUCGGAGACUGCCGCCGGGCCUGCCUGGUCGGCUACUCUGAAAAAGCGCCGGAGACCCGCCGCCACCGCCUUCGGCCUUGCCGCCCUCGUUUCUGAGCCGCCUUCGCCUUCGCCUUGGUGCCAGCGCCGCCAGCCAUGGCCACCGCGCCGUUCUGUCAAGUGCGCCAGAACUACCACCCGCAGUGCGAGGCCGCCAUCAACAGCCAGAUCAACCUGGAGCUCCACACCUCCUACGUGUACCUGUCGAUGGCCUUCUAUUUCGACCGCGCCGACGUGGCCCUGGAGAAUUUCUCCAAGUUCUUCCUGCGCCGGUCCCACGAGGAGACCCAGCAUGCCGAGAAGCUGAUGGAGCUGCAGAACCAGCGUGGGGGCCGCAUCCGCCUCCGCGACAUCAUGAAGCCUGACCGCGACAACUGGGAGAACGGCCUCAACGCCAUGGAGUGCGCCUUUCACCUGCAGAAGAGUGUGAACCAGAGCCUGCUCGACCUGUACCAGCUGGCCGCUGACAAGAACGACGCCCAUCUGUGCAGCUUCCUGGAGAUCAACUACCUGCCCGAGCAAGUCAAGGUCAUCAAAGAGCUGGGGGGCUACAUCACCAGCCUGUGCAAGAUGGGGGCCCCGGAAAAUGGCUUGGCAGAGUACCUCUUUGACAAGCUCACCCUGGGCAACAGCGACAAGAACUGAGUUGGGACUGCCUUCCCAUAGCCACAGGGUGCAUGGUAACUUCCCCUGGUCACCAUGCCGAGCAUGCAUUUUGCAGUAUUGCACUUGCAAAACGUUCCAGUUUUUUUCUUCCAGUUUUGCCAUAAAUAAAUGAAGUUAUUUGGUUUCAAUAAAGUUAUUUGGUUCCU